AUUGUUUCGAGGAGGUGUUGUUGGGAAUCGUACAAGAAGGUGCCGAGGUCCUUGCCAAACACGAGGAAGCCGGGGCGUAUCAUCAUUACGAAAACACAAGCACGAGUGGGAAUGAUCCACGAGAAGAGUUCUUCGCGGAUGCAGUAAAGAAGGUCUUCGCCUUCCUCGACUCGCCCUCCGGAAUCCCCCGUGGAAUCCUCCUCUUCGCACGCUCCCUCCUCGCAAAAGUCCGUCUCACAAAUGACGAGAAUCAACUCCGGUAUGCAGAACUCUUCAUUGUUGUCAAGUGGUUCUUCUUCCGGUUUCUUGGGAGGGCGAUAGCCUACCCCGAGCACCAUGGGUUGUUCAAGGGAUGUUGGGUUAGUGAUGUCAUGAGGCAGAGGGUGUUGUUUACGUUGCACCAGCGGCUUUAUAGGAAUGUUACGUCGGUUACGCAUGCGAUGCCAGAGUGGUCGUCCGCCGGCGCCACUGGGAAUCGGAGUCGCAAGGGGAGCGGGAUUCAGAGGUGUGGAAGUGGGAGUGGUGGGGUGGAGAGGAUGGUGAGGAGUAUUAUCUCGAGGUUUAGUGCGGCGCCGGCAGGGCAGAUGGAGAUUGAGGAGUCCAGGCCGGGGGAUGCGUUGUUGAUGCCGUCGAACGCGUACUGCGCUCCGGGGAGUUCAUAUGCAUCACCGACUCUGCUCGUCUGUCCAGCGGAUCUGGUGAUGUUGUUUGAGGCACUGAAUCCUAGCGAGCUGCAACCGUCGAAGCCGCCUAUGACGACGAGGAGGUUAUCCGUCGCUUCCAAGGUUACGUUGGAGACGUGCAGUGAAGCCAGUCCGGGGCCGAAGCCGUUGGAGAGGAAGUCGCAUUCGCAUUUCUCGUUGUUUGAUUUUGGGCGGAAGACAGCUGCGACGCCUCCUCCUCCGGCUCCUCCCGCGGAACCGGAGGUUGUCACGCCAGAGAUUGAGAUACCGCCUCUGGUUCCCGAACCAACCUCGCCAUACGAUGGCUUCGUACACCAGGUCCGUUUUGCGAUCGAUGAAAUGAAACGAACCCUGGGUCCCGGCGCAUGCGAUGGCGCCGCAGAUCCCUGCAACGAGAAAUGGACACUCGUGUUCGUUGAUGGGGAGAAGCUCUCGCUCGAAGUGAAGCUGGAUGAAAAAAAGUGUCGGGAGGGGCCUACGGAGAUCAGUGAGGAAAUUAUUGCGUUGAAGGAGACUGUGUUGAGGUUAUUGAGGGAGUAUGAGGUACCGUAUGUGCCGCGGUUAGUGCCAAGGCCCGAGGAUAGUGCUGGCGUUGAGUCAGGUUCGUCGCUGGUAUCGCCUGUAGGACAACCGUGCUCGUCGUGCUUGAGACCGAAUACGCCGAACACUCCUUCGGUACGGCCGACUUCACCGCCGGCGAUAUCUGCACUCCUCGCUGCCGCAGCGAAAGCUCAGCAAGCCCCACUACCCGCUCCCUUUCAAGGAACGUCGCCUUCACAGUCUUUGCUCCUUCGAAUGCUGCGGUCUGCCUCGGAACAUUGUCGUCUCAAGGGUGACUUUAUAACCGCACAGGCUUAUCACCACGCUCAUUCUGUUUUGCGGAAGCUGAACAGUCCGUCGUUAACGCAUGAUGAUUACUCAUCCCUGUUACGGAUAUUCAGCAGAGAGCACAGACGAGAUGCAGAGGGUUAUGCUGCAAAAGUUGGUGCAAGGGAGGCUUGGUACAUCGAGGAGUGCACAGAGGCGGCUGAUGGGUACAUCAAAGGCAAGAAGCAAGUUCUGGAUGAGUUGAGGACGAAGAUGUGGUAUUCGACGGAUGUGCGGAAGACCAAAGUUUGGGAACGUGCAAGAGAUGUUUGCCGGAUGCUGAGGAGUUCGAAAAAUGCACAGGCGGCCGAGUCUCUGGUCAUGCUUAAUCCUUCUCUGACUUAUGCUUCCAGACCCUCGACCCCCAGGUCUGAACGGGGUGGUAACACGCAUUAUCACACCAUGCAUCGCGCUCC